AUGAGUAUUGCAGUCAAUAAAAUUGCUAGCGAAUCUCAAGCUAAAAUGAGACGCCAUAAAAUUAUAAUCUUGCCUAUCACGAAAGAUAUUCAAAAAUUGAUAAUACAUAUAAAAAUUACAAAGAAAAAUUGUUUUGAUAUUUUGAAAGAAAGAUUUGACUAUCAUACGUGGCUUGCAGCAUCAAAAUUAGUAGCAGCUUAUUUACUGGUAUUUAAUCGUCGUCGAGUCGGUGAUGUUCAGAAUAUGGUUAUUAGUGAUAUGGAUCGGUUGCAAAGUAUUGAUGAACAAGCUGAUAAAGAGGAAUAUAAUGCAUUGGAUGAUGAUGGUAAAAAAAUUGCUGCGAACUAUUAUCGUAUCGAAAUACGUGGAAAACUGAAUAAAGACGUUGCCGUGAUUGUUAGUAACGAUAUUGUAGAUGAGAUUAAAUUGCUUAUUCGGUAUCGAGAAUCAGCUAAUGUUCCUACCGAUAAUGAUUUCGUUUUUGAAAUUCCCAAUGAAACAGAGAUACUGUUUGAUCAUAAUUUGCCCUGCACUUCUAGCGCACAUAAUUCAGUUGUAAUAACUGAUUAUGCUCAAAUGCUUAAUCAGAGUACUCCGAAAGAUAGACAAUCUACUAUCACAGUAUCUGAAACUUGUAAAUCCACAAAGAAGCCCUGGAGUGACGAAGAAAAAAAAGUGAUUUUUACCGAGUUUAAAGAGUAUAUAAUCAGCAGAACUCAUCCACCAUUAAAAGAUAUUGAUGACGUUAAAGCUAAGUAUCCGUGCUUGAAUGGUCGUAGUAGAGAUACGGUUAAAGCAUGGAUAAAUAAUCAUUAUAAGAAGAAACCUAGUAAUGUCUUAAAUAAAAAAAAAGGAAUUAAAAUAAUUAGCGUUAAAAAUAAAAAUUAUAAUUUGAAACGUUUAACAAAAAAAAGCUUGGAUCUUUAA